AUGACUCCCAAAAAAGACAAAGAGACCCACCGGGACCCAACAGUCGUCUACCCCGACACCUCGCCCAGCCUGCGGCUCGCCUACCGCAUCUUCGGCCCCGGCCACAACGAGCCCGAGAAGCUCGACAGCGUGAAGGACAAAAUGUUCAUCCGCGGGGUCCCCGAGGCGGGCGAGAGCUGGCUGACGCCCCUGGGCCAGGAGAUCCAGAGAAACCUCGACCUGAGCGUCGAGAAGAUCCUCGAGGCGUACUCGACCUACAAGAGGGAGAUCGAGCGCAUGAACAGGUGGGACAACGUCCACAAGAAGCGCAAGCAGGCGCGGCUCGACAGGGACGAGGACGGCGGCGAUUGGGUGGCGGACCUCAAGACAGACGGCAAGAUCAAGAGCGUGGUUCACGAUUGGGCAGAGGGCGAGGACCCGUACGAGCAGUUCUGGAAGGACCCCGCGCUGUGGCUCAACAAAGAGGAGGCUCUCGUGCGGACGCGGGCCAUGCGAGGCAGCGUCGCCGAGAUGAACGCCACCCUGAGGAAGAUCCAGGGCUUUUGCGAGCGGAGGAUGGGCUUGGGCAAUGACAUCCACCAGGCCCUCGCGAGGUGCGAGAUCCACCUGCACGACCUGAUCGCCUAUUCUGAGGGACUCGAGGAGGUCAUCAGGAUGCACGAGGGCAAGUCCCGCGGGACCACGUGGGAGUCGCGCGACCGUCCCGGCGUCACCUUUGGCCCCAAGGUGCCGUGGGCCAUCCACCGUGUCUAUGAGCUCGACGAGCGCCUCGACUCCAUGAAGCCGGUCCUGGCUGCCUGCGAGCGCACCCAGAACAGGCUGGCCUCGACCAAGCUGCUCACCACGACUAAGGUGCUGCAUGUGGAGCUCCGAGUUAAGCUGGUCCGGUUCGCCGCCUUGUGCUUAGCCGAGGAGGCGCGGAACGAGUUUGAGAAAGAAUUCGAGGAGGAGCUGAAGCAGCGAGGCAAGUCUAGCUCGCCCCUCGGGAACUGCAUCAAGGCUGUUGCCCACAAGAAUGCCAAGGCGCCCGUCAGGGAGUAG